AUGGGUGCGCUGUGUGCAAAGCGAAAGGUCAAAUGCGAUGAAAAGCUGCCCAGCUGCACAAACUGUCUCAAUGCUGGGUUCAAAUGUCACCGUUCGUUCCCUAGCGACGCACAUAAUGUGGUGGUCCCAAAACACCUCGAAGUCCCCAUCAGGCGAAAUCCCAGCGCCCUCAACCCACUGGCGCUCAACGAACAAGAGGGGAGAGCAUACCAGUUCUUCCAAAUUAUUGGCGCCCCAACUCUUUCGAGCGGCUUCGAAUGCGAGUUUUGGGGGAAGCUCGUUUUGCAGCUUGCCAACGCCGACAACGCCAUCUUCCACACGACCGUUGCUUUGGGGCUUCUACUAGAGGACAUGCACAACUGGCCCAUCUCAUGGCCAGUGCCUCGAACAGCCCCGCCGACCGAACGGACGGCGAUGGCCCUCCGGCAUUACCAGACAGCGCUGCAGCAGCUUUUUGUCCCUCUUAUUAGGAAGGAUUCAGCAAGUAUCAUCUCACUUGCGUCUGCUGUGGUAUUUUCGUGUAUUGAGACACUGUGUGGCAAUGCCCAUAACGCCAUGAAGUUGACCUCGUUAGGGACAAGCAUCUUGACGCAGCUUGAAGUUCCCGGCUCAUUCCCUGCAAACUCCCAAAGCCUCGCGCCGUUUGUAUCCGUAUUUGUACGGCUGGACUCUUACACAAAGGAGCUUCUCCAAACUGAGGAUCACACACAACCCAAGCCGCCCCCUUUCAGACAUGUGAGGCCAUGUCCAUCGGUAUUCAGCAAUCUCAGAGAAGCCAACAGACAUCUCGAAACUUUGGAAAACCUCUGCCUUUUCGCAGUGGAGCAACAAGGGGCCCCACGGGAUGUCCAAAGCGUGCAGUCUCGGACUUCCUGCCAGAGCUUGUAUCAGGAAUGGCUAAAGGCCUUCAACGCCAGCUCCAUCUCCACGGACGAUGGGAAUUCCCUCGCACUCCUACACAUUAGGCGACUAGACGUCUUCUUAACUCUUCAUGGCCCAGAUGAUACUGGUCAUCAGUCUGAUUGGGAUUACUUUCUUCCAGAAUUCAUCGAGAUACUCACAUAUGCGGCGUCAGCAGUGGCUGUUUCAAACACCAGCGCAUCCCAUUGGCUACAUACAUCCUUUGUCCUAGGCGGCGGCUUCAUCAUGCCCCUAUGCAGACUUGCUCUGCGAUGUCGACACCCAAGAACAAGAAGAGCCGCAAUACACAUACUACGCGGCGCCCGUCGUCGGGACGGCCUGCUAGAAGGGAAGCUAGCCGCGCGGGUCCUGAGGCACAUCGUGGACAUUGAAGAAGAUGGCUUAGGCGACGUUACCGAGUGCCGUGAUAUUCCUGAGGCAGCUCGGGUCGCUGGAGUAUUGGUCAAGUUUCCGGGAGGAAAGGGGAGGGCGAAACUGACGUAUUCUCGAGCUGCUGGCCCGAAAGACGAGCGGGCAUUGGUUGAAGAGGAGCUUGAGGGAGGGUCGCAGUUCGAAGGGGAUCAAGACUUGCCUUGA